ACCUAGUUAAACAGGUGAACUAAAAAUGAUGUACAUAUGUACGUGAAGAUUGGAAGAUACUGUGUGAAAUAACCUAAAGCCUGCAGGCAGGUUGAAGACGCGUGCCUGGAGCACAAACCAAAAAAAUACUGUUAUGAACGAAAGUACGAGUGCUUAAUUGAUAUGAGUUCUUAAUUAAUCAGUAUUAAAUCAAAAUUCAGUUUUUGUGUAGAGUGUGAUUUGACAUAAUCAAUAAGCAUUUGAACCUACUGUGUCUCUGGCACUCAAUCUAACGAAUCGCAUUGCUUCUUUUGAAAGUCUGUAUAUGGAUUUCGAAACUCAGUGCUAUCGAAUGCUUUAAACGGGCCUAAAUCAUCACGACAAAUACACGGUCUCCUUUGUAAUAAUUUCAAUAAUCUUUUGUACAUUCCAACUUCGUUGACUGCAUAUUUUGUAUAACAGAGGGCUGCUAUUAUUACAAAAGUUUACUAGAUAGACUUCUGUGAAUACGAGCGCUAAUUUUAUCGACAGCGAUAAAAUUUCCACUUGUUACUUUUUACUUAAAUAAAACACUCAUGUUCCAUUAAAGGAAGAGUAAUCAUAAAAGCAAAACAAAAGAAAGUUGGACAUGGACAUCCGCAAUCAAAGCAAGGAUGAAGAAACUAAAAAGAAACCAUCCAAGGACAUUUGUAAUUACAGCAUUUCAGAAGAAGAGGGUGGAGACACUGCUGAUUCCUUGGAUAUUAAACCACCACAAGCGAUUGUUCGCCAUAAUAAAUCAAGCUCAUCUCAUCAAAGAAAGAAACAUAGUAAUAGAAGAAGUCACAGGGAUGAGAAAGAAAGCAAAUCGCAUCAGCAUGAACGCAAAGACAGGCACAAAGACGAGUAUAAACAUCAUAGACAUAGUGACGCAAACUUGGAGGGGUUUGUGCAUAUAUCUCUGCUACAGACUAGUUCUUUUCAAGAAAUCAAACAAUUUUUAUCACGUCUAUACAAAUCAAAAGAAGAGUUUAUAAAUGAGUAUAAAAGACUUUACUAUGAAAAAGCAAAAUCCGAAGAGCUUUAUCUUCUGAUUUUAACUGAACUAAAAGCAGCAGUAUCAAAUGGUAAUAUUACUAUCUUAAAAAACUUAAAGGAUGUAAUUGAUUAUAUGAAUGAAGCAGAAAAUCCAAUAACUUUAAGAAAUUAUUAUGAUCAUGCUAAUAAUCCCAUUAAAAAUACCAAUUUAGUUAUCUUGGCUUGCAAGCACAACAAGGUAGAAGUUCUAAACUACCUAUUUGAUAGUAAUAAUACACUCUUAAAUAAUUUACCUAUUGAUGUCAAUGAUAAAGAUGAAGAAUGUCAUAAUGCGUUUUAUUAUGCUAUACAUUCAAGUAUGAUUGAGCUUCUUAAUACACUUAUCAAUAACUGGCCGGGUAAUUAUUUCGCUGAUCAUUUGGAAGAAUUGGAUGAAAUUCUUUCAAAAGCGUAUGAAGAAUUGAAGUUAAAGAAUGUAUCCUUGUCGGACAAAAUGGAAGUUUUUGUUGAAAAUAAGUUAAUAGAUCUCCGUUUCUUCUCUAAUACUUCAAGACAGGACCAAAGUUUCAAAGGGGAUCGUAAUAAUGAAAAAACUAAAACCGAAGAACGGGUUAAAUUAAUACUUGAAAACAUUAACUUACUAACGAGCGAUUACAAGAGAAACACGGAAAAAGUAGAUCAAAGAUUUUUGUUCAUAGCAAAGUUUAUUGCACAAAAUAUUCAUAUAUUAAAACGGCAGUUAAAAUCAACUUAUGAUAGAUUACCUUGGGAAGAAAUAGAAUUCUGUUUAGUCAGUUUUGUUUCUUCUUACGUAAAGCAACAAGAGAUCAAUCUAUUUUAUCGUUCUAUAUUGAAUAAAAGCAAAAUAUUAAAUCAUUUAGAAAAUUUUGCAGAGAAACUUAAAGACGAAAAAGAUAUUAUAGAAGAUGUAAACACUAACAAAGAUGCUGUUCGUCGAAAGUUAACACGUGAGCAAGUUAUUGCACAGAUUAUUAGCAAUUCCUCUCAAUUUGAAGAGUUGUAUAAUGAUUAUCAACGAAUUAGGGAUAUUCAGUCUUUAAAGAAAAUAAAUGAUUAUAUAAAAUUGGCACUAUUAGCUGAUUCUAAAGAAAAGAAAGGCCAGUUAAUUAUUACAAGGACCUUACAAGUUAUUGGUGAACAUUUAAAAAACACCUUAGAGUCUCCUAAGUUAUCUAAUACUACAAGUGAGCUUUUGCUGCUAUCAUUACCGAAAAAUACAAGAAAAAUAAUUAUGGAUUUACGUAAUUCGUUAUCACAUGCUGAGUCACUCUUUAAUAGAAUGAAGAUUGAGGAUAAUAAAGAUGUUAAUUUUUUUAUUGGUGUUCAAAACGAUAUUAAGAAAGUUAAUAAUAUAAUUACUAAUAUUUUUUACAACAACAAAAUCAAAGUAAUUACAAUACUUUUAAAAAAUAUUAUCAGUACUGACAAUUUUGAUGAAAUAAAAGAGCUUGUAGAAAUGCUUCAUACUAUUGCAUUGGAUGAAAUAAUUUCGAAAGAUUUUAAAACGAUAGAAGGCGAGAAGCUUGAAAAUCUCAUUAAAGAAUUAAGGGAUAAUAUAACUGAUAAGACAAAUUCUGAACAGGAGUUGUUCAAUAACAUUAAUAAUAUAAUUAAUUCAGCAGAUAUCCAAUUAGUAAAUUACAUUAUGGGAUUUCUAGCAUUAAGGAAUUUAUGUACUUUAUUGAGUGACAGAGUGAUUAACCACAAUAUUGUUAGGGACGUAAAAUUCUGUGCUAAUAUAAUAUUAGAGCAGACAGCUCUAAAAGAUUCUUAUAAUCUUAAAGAUAUUAUUAUGUUGGUAACGAAAAUUUUGUAUAGUGUUGAGUCGAGAAUACAAUGUGACAACCUUGAUGAACUGUACAGAUUAAUAUAUGAAAUUGUUGUUCUUGUUGAAUUUGCAAUAGACGACAUCGGAUGGAUUAAAAAAUUAAGAAGCGAGUUGUAUAAAAAACGUUCUUUUAGUCCUUUGCAUAAACAAAAAAAAACUUACGAUACAGAAAAAACAUAUGAUAACCAACUUGCACUAAAACUAUCUGAAUUGAAAAAUAUUUUAAGCGAUAAUGUAUUAAGUGGCCAAUUAACUGAAACAUUCCCUUGUUAUAAGAAUAAUAAAAAGUUACAAGCAGUAGUAGAAAUGCUUGUUUUGGAUAUAAUGUCAAUUUUGGGUAGCUCAAAGAAUUUUGACCUACUAGAAAAUAAUCUACUAGUUUUAUAUGAAAGUACUCCUUUAUUAAAUGGAAGAUGUUUACGUAAUCAUUUAGCACAUGAUAAUGCAUUAGUUGAUAUAUUAUUAUCUGAUCCUUCAACAACAGUUAUUUUAAACGCUAAAAAACUUAUUGAAGAAAACAUAAUGAGAAGUAACAAAAAAAUUGGCAAAUUAGUAAGUGAUGAUUCUUCCAAAUUGAGAGAGAAAUACGAUCAAGGCUUAGUUACCAUUACUAAUCAGGAAACAAUGUUCGAUGCUUUGCAGGAAGGAAAUUUCGAAAGUUUAAAAGAUUGCCUCAGAAAAGGAGCAGAUAUCAAUGCUAGAAAUAUUCACUUAUGGUCCACAUUGCAUUUUGCUGCUAAGGGACCUAGUCUUGAAGUUAUAAAAUUCAUCCUUGAUCAAAAUUUGCUUAAUGUUAAGGUUAUUAAUGAUAUUAAGGAUAUUAAAGAUAUUAAAGGCCAAAGUCCACUGCACGUUGCUGCUGCACAUGGAAGGAAAAAUAUUGUGAACUUUUUCGUAAAAGAAGCAGGUUUAUAUGUUGAUGAUCCAGAUAAUAACGGCAAAACACCACUACACAUUGCAGCUCAAAAUGGUCACAAGGAUACUGUCGAGAUUCUAUUAGAAAAUAAAGCUAAUACUGUUACCCAAGAUGUAAUCGGUCUUUCAUCUUUACAUUAUGCAAUAAGAAACAAUCAUAUUGACAUUGCUAAGAUUAUACUAGCAAAAGAUAAAAAUGUUGACAUUAAUGAGUCUAGUGGUGGAUUUACUCCAUUGCAUAAAGCUGCAGAAAUGGGUCACUUGGACUUAGUUAAUUUCUUACUUGAAUAUGGAGCAGAUAUUAACGCUAGAAAUGAUAAAGAUUGGACACCAAUACAUGGAGCAGCUCUCAAUGGCCAUCUGGAAAUAGUGAACACUUUAAUUCUGAAGGGAGCUGAUGUUAACGCUGAACUUAUCAUGGGUUGUACACCAUUACAUUGUGCAGUAGAAAUUGGUCAUGAGAAGAUAGCUAGAACUCUAUUGAAACAUGGAGCUAAUGUUAAUGCUAUUGACAAAAUCUAUAAGAAUGCAGCUUUACACUAUGCGGCAAAAUAUGGGCACGAGGGAAUCGUUAAGACUUUACUGGAAUAUAAAGCUGACCCUAAUAUUAACACUUUUCAAGGUCUAACUCCACUACAUUUGGCAGUACAGAAUGGCUUGGAAAUAGUAAAUAUUCUGCUGAAACAUGGUGUUGACAUUAACGCUAAAACUAAAAUUUAUUAUUGGACACCAUUACACUAUGCAGUAAAGAGUGGUCACGAGAUAGUUGUUGAAUUUUUAUUGGAAAAUGGAGCAGAAGUAAAUGCUAAAACUGAUAUUAAUUUAACACCACUACAUAUAGCGGCUAGAAAAGGCUAUCAAAAUAUUACUGAUCUUCUGAUAAAAUAUAAAGCCCGAAUUAAUGAUAAAGACAAACACGGUAAAACACCCUUACAUGAAGCUGCGAUAAAUGGUAGCAUAAAUGUUAUUGAUCUUCUAAUAAAAGAGAAAGCUGAAGUAAAUGCUAGAACAAAUGACGGCAACACAGCAUUGCAUAUAGCUGCUCAAUGUAACCAUAUAGAUGCUAUUACUGUUUUAAUAGACAAUGAUGCUGAAGUCAAUGCUAGUGCAAAAGAUGGUACUACGCCGUUAUAUUUAGCUGCCCUAGAAGGCAACAUAAAUAUUGUUGAUCUCCUAUUAAGAAAUAAAGCCGAAGUCGAUGCAAAAGCUAGUGCAGACAGUACACCAUUACAUAUGGCUGUGAAAGCAGGUCAUAAAGAAGUCGUUAAGAUUUUGAUAGCAUACGGGGCUAAUAUUAACCAUACCUGCGACGAUUCGACACCAUUGUUUUCUGCAGUUACACUUAAUAAGAAGGAAAUCGUAGAACUUCUUCUAGCAAAUAAAGCUGACAUAGAAGAUAGUAAACCUUUAUUGCUAGCAGUGUCUCUUGGCUAUAAAGAUAUUGUAGAAAUUUUGUUAAAAUAUGCAGCCCAUGUUGACGUAAAAAAUUCUGAAAACUUCACUCCACUACAUCUAGCUGCCAUAAAAGGUCAUAAGGAGAUAGUAAACAUCUUGAUAACAAGAAAAAUUGACAUUAAUGCCAGAAAUAUUAAAGGUAUGACACCAUUAAAUCUUGCAGCAUACAAUGGUCAUAAGGACGUUGUUGAGAUUUUAAUAGCACGUGGAGCUAACGUCAGCAUUCAGUCUAACGGAGGAGCAACACCAUUACAUGCAGCAGCCGUAAAUGGUCACAGUAAUGUUGUAAAAGUCUUACUAAGUAGUACAUUAAAUAUUAAUAUUAAAGAUAAUAAGAAUAGAACAUCGUUAGAAUUAGCAGUGGCAUAUGGUCAUUUAGAAGUGGUUAAAACGUUACUUCAAUACGAAACAAUAGAUAUGAAGGGUAAUGGUAUUUGGACAAUAUUGCACAUUGCUUCCCACAAAAGUAAUCUAGAAAUGGUAAGAUAUCUAGUAGAUAAAGGAUUUGAUAUUAAUGAUAAAACUUCUUUUGGCUAUACGCCUAUGCAAAUUGCAGCUACAGAAGGUCAUAAAGAUACUAUAGAGUUUUUCCUUAGUAAGGGAUUAAAUAUUAACGACCUUGGUACAAAUAAUCAGACAUUACUGCACUAUGCUACCACGAGAGGUCAUUUAGCAGUUGUUGAAUAUUUAAUAUCGCAAGGUAUUGAUGUUAAUGCUCAAGAUAAAAAUGGUGUAAGUCCUAUGCAUAUUGCUGCUAGUUUUGGCUAUAAAAACGUGAUUGAAAUUUUACUAAAAAAUGGAGCAGUUUAUAAUCUUGUUGACAAGUCUCAUAAAAAACCAUUAGUAAUGUCUCGUGACGAAAACGUUAUCAAUUUAUUAGCAUCAAUUAAAAACUUAUUUAAGGCUAUAAAACAAAAUAAAUUGUCAGAAGUUGAGAGUUACAUUAAAAUGGGAGCGUUUGUUAAUGCCAAAAAUGUUUAUGGUGGAACACCACUGCAUUAUGCUGCAUGGGAAGGAUAUGACGAAAUUGUCUAUGUCCUAUUACAAAAUAGAGCUAAUUCCAAUGCUGUUGAUAAUAAAGGAUUUACUCCUCUACAUUAUGCUGCACAGUUCUCUCACUUAAAAGUUGUGAAAGCCUUAUUAUCUAAUGGUGCAGUGUAUAAUGCAGUCUCUAAUGAUAAUAAAACGCCAUCAGAUUUUACUGUAAAUAAAAAUAUAAUUAACUUAUUUAAAUUAGUGAGUAAAUCAUUUAAAAACGUUAAAAAUGGCAAGUCUGAAGUUAUUAAUGAUCUUAAUAGAAUAAAAGAUGUUAAUACAAUAAGAGCAAUCAUGGGUGCCUGUAAUGAAGAAAACAAAACGCUAGUAGUAGUUGCAGUACAUAGUAACUUUUCAAAGGUCAAACAAUUGAAAGAGAUAUCACAAGGUGACAUAUCCUUUCAAAUUGCUAAGGCUGUAGCGCUUUCGAAUCAGAGGAAGUAUCAAGAAGCCUUAAAUAUUUUCGAAAGUGCAUUUGAAAAGAGGAAAGAAAUAUUAGGACCAGAUAAUCCUGGCACUUUAGAUAUUCAGGCAUAUAUAGCUAAUAUAUUAUACGUACAAGGAUUUUUCCAAGAAGCCUUGAAUACACUUGAGGAAAUUUUUCAGAAACGAAAAGAAGUGCUGGGUUUAAAUGACAAGAACACUUUAAACACAAGAAGUACAAUUGCUUUAGUGCUACAUAGACUAGGAAAAAAUGAGGAAGCUUUCAAUAUUUAUCAAGUAGUCUAUCCGAAACAAAAAGAAAUAUUAGGUUCAGAUCACUCAGAUACUUUAGAUACUCAGUUUCAUAUGGCACUAGUAUUGGAUGCACAAGGAAAAUACGAAGAAGCCUUAAAUAUGAAUAGCAUAGUUUUUGAAAAACGAAAAAACAUGUCAGAUACGGAAAACGCUGUGCGUGCUCAAAAUAAUAUAGGAAUGGUACUGUCUAAUCAGGGUAAAUACGCGGAGGCAUUGGAAAUUUAUAAAGAAGUUUUCGAAAAGAAGAAGGUGAGUUUUGGUAUUGAUCAUCCUGACACCUUGAGAACAUUAUAUAACAUUGCCGAAGUACUAUUCAGUCAAAAAAAAUAUAAUGAAGCCUUGAAAGCUCACCAAGAGGUUUUAAAUAUUCAAAAAAAUGUUUUGGGACCAAAUCAUUUCGAUACCUUAAAUACUCAAUAUGGGAUGGCAAAUGUAUUUUUCGCUCAAAGCAAAUGGGUUACUGCACUGAAAGCUUAUAAAAUCUGUUUUGAUCAAAUGGAAGUUGUUUUUGGACCAAAUCAUCCUAAUGUUUUGGAUAUUUUAAAGAAGAUAAGUAUGAUUACUUUGAUAUUGAAAUAUGAGGGCAGAAAAUUAGACGAGAUUUCCCGAUAUCUGCAAAAAGACAUUAAUAUUGCUGCUAGUAAUGGUGAUAUACAAAAUGUCCAACGUCUAUUAAAAGAUGGAGCUAGUCCUAAUGAUAAAGAUAUUGAUGGAAGAACAUCGCUACAUUAAUAGAAGACUGAGUCAAAGAUUUAAAACUUUAAACGACAUGGAAGUAUAUAUUUAUAUAGAGCCUAAGUUAAUACUAUAUUUACAUUAAUGUUAACAAUAACUGUGAAUUAGAAAAAUAAUAUCAACUUCUUUUAAUGUACAAGUUCUCAAUAUUUUAAACUAAAACUGAGUCACUUCUUAAAACAUAUUUCAGUAUAUAUCACUUACACUGAAAUUCUUAUUAUGUUUCCUUCUUCAUAUGUUUGUAGAAAGGUCUAGUCAUCUAGAUAGGAGUUAGAUCCUAAUGACAAUUAAUUAGCAAUAUGACUAAGUGUGUUAUACAACUUGGACUAGUGAUUGGAAAAUAAAAUUCAAAGUGUGCAUAUGUGUAAGAUAA